ACCUUAGCGCUGCACUCAAGCCUAGUCAGUUACACCUGGGAGAGGGCGUGAGCCACAGGCAAUUUGGGUUCAGUGCCCCCCGGUAGCCGCUCCGAGCGUAUGGGACCCGAGGGGAGCACAGACCCCGACCCCACCUCCUCUCAUCUGGCUGCCAGAGGGGAUCCAGGAAGCCGCGGGAGAGACUCGCAUCUGGAGCGGAGCUUCCAGCCACCAUGGAGGGCCUUCUCAUGAUUGCAGCCCAAGUCAUGUCCGUCUGGUUCACUCUGGCGUUUACACUGAUAGUGCUGCCUUCCGUGUUCGGACUGUCGCUGGGCAUUUCUGAGUUCUACAUGAGAAUUUUAGUGAAGACCCUGGAGUGGGCCACAAUACGAAUCCAGAAAGGAGUAAAAAAGAAGCAGGCAAUGGCGCUUAAGAACUCUGCUUCCAGUGGUAUCAUACAGAGAGAUGAGACCACUAUGGAGAAGGAGAUUGCGGGCCUGCGCCGAGUCGACUUUGAACUUUCUGAUGUCUUCUAUUUCUCCAAGAAGGGAAUUGAGGCUAUUGUGGAAGAUGAAGUCACUCAGAGGUUUUCUUCAGAGGAACUGGUAUCCUGGAACCUCCUCACAAGGACUAAUGUCAACUUCCAGUACAUCAGCCUCCGGCUGACCGUAGUGUGGGUCCUUGGGGUAGUUGUGCGCUACUGUCUCCUGCUGCCUCUUCGCGCUGCAUUGGCUGCCAUUGGGAUUGUUUCAAUGAUUGUGGGAACCACACUUGUAGGGAAGUUGCCAAAUAGCAGAUUUAAAGAUUGGCUAAGUGAACUGGUCCACCUGACAUGCUCCCGGAUCCUCGUCCGAGCGCUGUCGGGUACUAUCACCUACCAUAACAAGGAAAACCGACCGCAGAAAGGAGGUAUAUGUGUUGCCAACCACACGUCUCCAAUAGAUGUUUUAAUUCUGACAAAUGAUGGAUGCUAUGCAAUGGUUGGCCAGGCUCAUGGGGGCCUAAUGGGACUGAUUCAGAGAUCCACAGUCAAAGCUUGUCCCCAUGUGUGGUUUGACCGCUCAGAAAUGAAAGACCGCCACCUAGUGUUGAAAAGACUGAAAGAACACGUAGCAGAUCAGAACAAACUGCCAAUCUUAAUUUUCCCAGAAGGCACUUGCAUAAACAACACCUCAGUGAUGAUGUUUAAGAAAGGAAGCUUUGAAAUAGGAGGGACCAUCUACCCAGUUGCAAUCAAGUAUGACCCUCAGUUUGGAGAUGCCUUCUGGAAUAGCAGCAAAUACGACAUAGUGAGCUACCUACUGCGAAUAAUGACAAGUUGGGCCAUUGUGUGCAACGUCUGGUACAUGCCCCCGAUGAUCAGAGAGGAAGGAGAAGAUGCUGUCCAGUUUGCCAACAGAGUGAAGUCAGCCAUCGCUCACCGAGGAGGACUGACUGAGCUCCCUUGGGAUGGAGGUCUGAAAAGGGCCAAAGUCAAAGACACUUUCAAGGAGGAGCAGCAGAAAAACUACAGCAAGAUGAUAGUAGGAAAUGGACCAACAGGAAAUCUAUCGAUGGGAGCAGAAUCAGACUGAAUCCCGACUUUUCCAGUCAAGCGUCUCAGGACUAGCCCUUAUAGGAAUACCAUGGGUUUUGCACUUAGAAAAACCAAACCUAUUCUAAUGUGUGUGCAUAUCCUUUAUGUGGGAUGGGGCAGAACAUCCACACGGGGCAAAAUUUUGUUAUGUAUUUUUCUUGCAAGCAUGAUGUUCUACUGAAUUGCAGCUAUAGAUAUCAUGGGAUAGAACUUUAACCCUACUUAAAACUAGGGGAAGAAAGUGCAAUUUUUUAAAAUCAGUAUUCUCCCUCGAAUCUCCAAAAGGGAUGCACAUACCGGGAGUCUGGUCUGUCAGUUUACUGUGUGUGAAAAUAAUGCUUUUUGCUACAGUCACCUGGGAACUGUAAAGAAACUUACUUGCUGAACAGCUACUUUCUCUCCUGCUCAGAGAGGCUGCCUAUCUUGUUAGACAGUUCUUAGCUAAUCUUGGGCAGUCUUGGUUCUGUCCUUAUGCAGAUUUGUUUGUAUUUCUAUGUAUGCGAGGUAAGAAGGUGAAUGACCGAGAGAGGAGGGCAGUCGUAACAGCAUCCCCUUCAAACCCAGCCAGGACCUCAGAUGGCCUCUAAACAUAGAACUGCCUCUUUGAAACUGAUACCUGAAGAUAUAUAGGAGGUUGUACACGGGAUCCAAUCCCUUAGCUACCGUGCGUCUCCAGAUUGGAAACAGGAAAGGGGAGAGAUGAUUGGGGCCUUCACUGAAAAAACGGAUUCCUCUGUACUGUAGCAGAUGUAAUUUUAUGAUGAGUGCAGUAACUUUUUUUAGAAUGCUGAUAGCUUAAAAAUUCUGUGGGGAUCAGCUACCACAGCAAGCUUGCUCAUGGCUGGGCUAGCAAUAUCCACUACAAACAGGACUUGUAAGUCACUUUCAGUAAAAGAAAUGGCCUGUUGGGAAUGUCCAUGCACUGCAGCAUUAUUGUAAAAGAGGAAAUAAAUUCUAUAUUUCUAAUG